AGAGAGAGAGCGAUUAAACUCUUAAACUCAAACCCAUGACCCAAAGAUGAUGAUCCCCUCUCCCUAACCAAUGAUUCUUCAGAGCUCUUCAACAAUGCCUGAUCUCAGCAACCUCUUCAGCUCCUCUUCGUUAGCACUAUCUCAUUGCCCUAAUCUCUUACCAGUGGCCGAUAUUUGUGACUCCAGUGGUUCUCUUUACCCGGUUCCAGUUCAAUCUGGAGCCCUAGAACUGGACGGAGGCAACGGCUGGUUUUGCAGUUGGGAUCGGCGGUUACGGUAUCCCAACUUGCAUAAAGGGGAGAUUUGUGCAGGGAAAAACGGUAUGGGUAUCAAUGUUUUGAGGAGGAAUUCCAAGAGAGUGGUUAGAGGGGACUUGGAGAAGAGUAGUAAGAGAGCGAACUCGGGUAAGUCUUUGGAGGAUCAUGUGAAGGAUUGGGUGGAGAAACAGGUGAAAUCUGGAGUACCUGAAAGAAAGUGUUAUCUUCCGUUCCUUGACAACAACGUUCCAAGGCUGGUUGAAUGCCGUGUGUGCCGUAAACUUAUAUAUCCCAAGGAAGAAGUUUUGUGCUCUGUUCGUGGUUGUCAAGAAGCUUAUCACUUGACAUGUGCUAAGGAAAUCCUAGGGUUCUCUACUUCAAGAAGUUUCAAGUGCCCCCAACAUGCUUGUUUCAUUUGUAAACAGAAAGGUCAUUGGCGUUGCAUGCGAUGUACAAUAGCAUCACACUGUAAGUGUGCACCUUGGCGAGUGACCUGCUUACAAAACCAACCAAGGGGGUUUAUUUGUUGGAGACAUUCUAAAGAUUGGCGCUUUGAAAAGAAGCAUGCAGUUCCGACAAGUGACGUAGAGGAAAUAUUCUGUCGUUUGCCUUUACCAUACACUGAAGAGGACUUUCAGAUUGAUUCGAUGUUGAAGGAUAUGAUGGAAAAUCAAAUGGAGCCAACUCCAUACAUACACAUCCGGCGUAAUAACUACCUGGUUAAGAAGAAACGUGAUGAUUUGGAUGCUGAUGUUGGAUGCACAAACUGCAUUACUGAAUGCUAUGAGGAUUGUGUGUGCAGGGUCCAAUGCAUAAGCUGCUCAAAGGCUUGUGGUUGCUCAGACGCAUGCACUAAUAGACCAUUCCGCAAAGAUAAAAAGAUUAAAGUUGUAAAGACUCAGUUUUGCGGAUGGGGAGUAGAGGCAGCUGAACCCAUUAACAAAGGGGAUUUUGUAAUUGAGUAUAUUGGGGAAGUCAUUGAUGAUGCCUUGUGUGAACAAAGGCUUUGGGAUAUGAAACAUAGAGGCGACCAGAACUUUUACAUGUGUGAAAUUCGGAAGGACUUCACAAUUGAUGCAACUUUCAAAGGCAAUGCUGCUCGUUUUCUGAACCACAGUUGUGAUCCUAACUGUAAACUAGAAAAAUGGCAAGUUGAUGGGGAGACCCGUGUUGGUGUAUUUGCUGAUCAACUAAUAAAAGUUGGAGAACCAUUGACCUACGACUAUAGAUUCGUGCACUUUGGACCCAAGGUGAAGUGCUGCUGUGGUGCUUCAAAUUGUCAAGGAUACCUUGGGGCCAAGAGAAAGAUCAAUAAGAGGGACUUGUGCUCUACUAAGGUCAAUAAGGUGAAGUUGUGCUGGGGUGCCAAACGCAGGAGAACGUCAACUGCAUGCCUGGAAAUUAUACAUGAAUGAUCUGUACAACAGUUUUUUUUUCCUUCAAGGUGGGUGGAAUCAUGUUGUACAAUGCUUAACUCCUAUCAGGUGUGGGGAAAACUGCAACCCAAAUAAAGUUCCAUUAGUAUCUCUUUGUUAUUAUGUGUAAUGAUUUAGGCAACAUUCAUUAAAUGCAAAUUUUCUCCUUUUUUUU